GGAGUAAGUGAAAUGUACACUCAGAACAGCAGACGUGUCUUCCAGGAGUGAGGGAGGCCGUGUCAUGGUUAGCCUGUGGCCUGUUUCCUGUUGAGACUGUUUUCGGUAAGUGCUGGAGCUGGACAUACUGCCCAGCAGUCCGGGCCCCCGGGUGGAGGGGCGCUGACGAGGGGGCCUCUGGGGGCCGCCCGGGAGCCCGCAGCCACCCUGCCUUCCCCCGGCAGGACCCAUGAAACAGCAGCGCAGCUCUGUCUAUUGUAAGAAUUCGUCUUCCACGUGAAUAUGGGUCUUGUGUUCUUGUUUCUUCAUGUGUCUGGAAGUGUGGACUGUAUCUUCAACAUCACUGAUAAUUGUAGAGACUCUGGAUUUUAUGAUGUUCUUCUGAAGAGCAUUGGUUUCUGUUUGGUUUUGUUUUCACUGUAGUUAACCUGGCUGAAGUCAGAUGCCCGGCCCCGUCUCCCCUGCAGUGGGGAGCGGUGCAGGUCUUGUUCGUUUCUUCCAGCUCAGCUUGACUGCGUGACCGCUGCCUGUGCGCGGGAUGUCUGGGGCUCAGAAAGAGAGGGGACACAGAGCCUCGGGCCCCUCCGGAGGCUCUCCUUGCUGGGUCCCCGUCUCCCCGCUUACUCUUUGGCUGCUGUGGUCGCCCCAGUCUCUGGCCUCUGUUUUCCACGUCUGGAAGUCUGCUUUUCUGAGUUAGCAGCCUUGAGACAGAACCAAAACAAAAUGAAUAACUAAAACAAAACGUAUGAAAAUGGCAAACUCUCUGUAUCAGGGUCCUCAGGACCACACCCACUUUUGAUGGGCCUCAAGGGGGCUCCUAGGACUCGGCAUGCAGUCCUGCUCUCAGCCUCGACUUUCUCCAGUGGAAGGGUGCAGAGCGCAGUCAGCAGAGAGAGCAGGUGCGUGGGGUGAAGUCUCAGGAAACCAGACCGAGCGGCCAGACUUUACUCCUGAGGGACUCACACAGGACACGUUGAAUUCCCCCAGCAACGAGCAGGAACACGUGCGGAGUGGUGUCCCCCAGGGCGCAUCUGGGGCUGCCCCACGCUUCCAGCUCUGACGGUGGAGGCUGGGAGCGAGUACAGUGAACCCUUCCCUUGAGCAGUGAAGGGCUGGGGCACGUGUAACUUAGGCUUGGCCCUCCUUUGUACGCGUGGUGUUUACUUCUGGAAAAAAUCCCUGUAGAAAUGGAUCAGCACUCAGCCUGCGUUGUUCCAGGGUCAGCCGUAUUUAGAAGUAUGCAGCGGGAUCUGAGUAACCGUCACAACUCCACAUAUGUUUUAUGAAGCCAUUGAGACCUGUUUUCUAUCAACGCUUACGUUUAUGCUCAGAAGCCGCAACUGGAUAUUCAUAGUUUUGAAGGCACGUUCACCAGGGAAGAUAGUGACCCCCCGAUUCAUGAGAGUCUCAGCAUAGAAAAUACCCUGUGGGCAGGCACGGUCGUCGCCUCGGGUACUGUAAUAGGUGUUGUCAUUUACACUGGAAAAGAGACCCGAAGUGUAAUGAACACAUCCAAUCCAAAAAGCAAGGCUGGCCUGUUGGACCUUGAACUCAACCAGCUGACCAAAGCGCUGUUUUUGGCUUUAGUUGCCCUCUCGGUUGUCAUGGUGACCUUACAAGGGUUCGUGGGCCCCUGGUACCGCAAUCUUCUCCGGUUUCUCCUCCUCUUUUCCUACAUCAUUCCCAUAAGCUUGCGCGUGAACCUGGACAUGGGCAAAGCCGCAUACGGCUGGAUGAUCAUGAGGGACGAGAGCAUCCCCGGCACCGUCGUCCGGACCAGCACGAUCCCGGAGGAGCUGGGGCGCCUGGUGUACCUGCUGACAGACAAGACAGGAACCCUCACCCAGAACGAGAUGGUGUUUAAGCGGCUGCACCUGGGCACCGUGUCGUACGGGCCAGACACGAUGGACGAGAUCCAGAACCACGUGGUGGAUUCCUACUCGCAGACGCAUUCUCAAGCCGGUGGAAACACCACCAGCUCGACUCCACCGAGAAAAGCCCAGUCUUCGGCUCCCAAGGUUCGGAAGAGCGUGAGCAGCCGGGUACACGAGGCGGUGAAGGCCGUGGCCCUAUGCCACAAUGUUACCCCCGUGUAUGAGUCCCGAGCGGGCGCGGCCACGGACGCCGAGUUCGCCGAGGUGGACCAGGACUUCAGUGACGAGAACCGCACCUACCAGGCCUCCAGCCCCGAUGAGGUGGCCCUGGUGCAGUGGACGGAGAGUGUCGGCCUCACGCUGGUCAACAGGGACCUGACCUCCAUGCAGCUGAGGACGCCCAGCGGCCAGGUCCUGACCUACUGCCUCCUCCAGACCUUCCCAUUCACCUCGGAGAGCAAGCGGAUGGGGGUCAUCGUCAGGGACGAGUCCACAGCUGAGAUCACCUUCUAUAUGAAAGGUGCGGACACUGCCAUGUCCACCAUUGUCCAGUACAACGACUGGCUGGAGGAGGAGUGUGGGAACAUGGCUCGCGAAGGCCUGCGCACCCUCGUGGUGGCCAAGAAGUCGCUGACGGAGGAGCAGUACCAGGACUUCGAGAGUCGAUACAACCAGGCCAGGCUGAGCCUGCACGACAGGGCGCUCAAGGUGGCCGCGGUGGUGGAGAGCCUGGAGCGCGAGAUGGAGCUGCUGUGCCUGACAGGGGUGGAGGACCAGCUGCAGGCGGGCGUGCGGCCCACCCUGGAGAUGCUGCGGAACGCCGGCAUCAAGAUCUGGAUGCUGACCGGGGACAAACUGGAGACGGCCACCUGCAUUGCCAAGAGCUCCCACCUGGUGUCUCGAACGCAGGACACUCACAUCUUCAGACCGGUAACCAGUCGGGGAGAGGCCCACCUGGAGCUGAAUGCUUUUCGAAGGAAGCAUGACUGUGCGCUGGUCAUAUCCGGGGACUCCCUGGAGGUGUGUCUGAAGUAUUACGAGCAUGAGUUCAUGGAGCUGGCCUGCCAGUGCCCGGCCGUGGUCUGCUGCCGCUGCUCACCCACGCAGAAGGCCCGCAUCGUGUCCCUGCUGCGGCAGCACACGGGGAGGCGCACCUGCGCCAUUGGUGACGGCGGGAAUGACGUGAGCAUGAUCCAGGCGGCCGACUGUGGGAUCGGCAUUGAGGGAAAGGAGGGCAGGCAGGCCUCACUGGCGGCCGACUUCUCCAUUACACAGUUCAGGCACGUCGGCCGGCUGCUGGUGGUGCAUGGACGCAGCAGCUACAAGCGGUCAGCGGCGCUGGGCCAGUUCGUCAUGCACCGCGGCCUCAUCAUCUCCACCAUGCAGGCUGUGUUCUCCUCCGUCUUCUAUUUUGCGUCCGUCCCCCUGUACCAGGGCUUCCUCAUGGUUGGGUAUGCAACUGUCUACACCAUGUUCCCGGUGUUCUCCCUGGUGCUGGACGAGGACGUGAGGCCGGACACGGCGAUGCUCUAUCCUGAACUCUACAAGGACCUCACCAAGGGGAGAUCCUUAUCCUUUAAGACCUUCCUCGUCUGGGUUUUAAUCAGUGUCUACCAAGGCGGCAUCCUCAUGUAUGGGGCCCUGGUGCUCUUCGAGUCUGAAUUUGUGCACGUCGUAGCCAUCUCCUUUACGGCCCUCAUCCUCACGGAACUGCUGAUGGUGGCCCUGACCGUCAGGACGUGGCACUGGCUGAUGGUUGUGGCCCAGUUCCUCAGCCUCGGCUGCUACGUGGCCUCGCUUGCUUUUCUAAAUGAAUAUUUUGAUGUGGCCUUCAUCACAACCGUGACCUUCGUGUGGAAAGUGUCAGCGAUCACGGUCGUCAGCUGUCUUCCCCUCUACACCCUCAAGUUCCUGCGGCGGAAGCUGUCCCCUCCCAGCUACUCCAAGCUCACCUCCUAGGGCCGCGCUGCCCGCCCGGCUCAGUGGACGCUCGGGGUGCAGGGCCGCUGAGUGGGUCGGGAGGGCGGCCUGGAGGAGCGGGCACCCGGACGACAUGCCUUAUCUGCUGGGCGCAGGUUUCCCUUCCUUCCUUCCUUAUUUUCCAGAACUUAAUUUCCAAAUCGAAAAUGAGCCGUCAUUAUUUCACCUUUACUGUAAAGCACUGAUCUGACUCUGGUGUCCGGAGGAGUGAAUUAAAGUUUACUUAACAUUCCGCA